AUGGCUGCUUACAUUCUGGCACUGCUGCUUCUCUCUACUUACACUUUGUUGACACGUGUUCACUUUGCCUGUGGGGACGAUGAUCACGGCAACAUCGCUCCCAGCUAUGAUUCGGAUGCCUUCACAAGUUCACUUAAACAACAAAGGCAUUUCGUCAUGUUCUACGCCCCAUGGUGUGGUCACUGCAAGAACUUAGCUCCAACUUGGGACGAACUGGCCAAAAUGUACAACAAAGUGGAAGGUAGUCCAGUUAUUAUUGCAAAGGUAGACUGCACAGUCCACACAGGUUUGUGUGCCGAUCAUGAUAUUGUUGGGUUUCCCACUCUGAAGCUGUUUGAGGUCGGAGGGCAGAGCCACAAACGCUACGCCGGCAAACGGGAUCUGGAUUCUCUGAAGGCUUUCAUACAGGACCAUGUGCACGGGGUGAGGCUGUUAGACAAUAUUGAAGCAGAUGCCAAACAGCCAGAAGUGCCAGAACCAAAAUCUAGCCUUGUCGUCUUGGAUGAUGAAAGUUUCAAAGGUCAUGUUUCAAAGGGAUCUUUCUUCAUCAAAUUUUACGCUCCUUGGUGUGGCCACUGCCAGAAGCUUGCCCCGGUUUGGGACGACCUUGCCGACACUUUUAAUCACAAUAAUAAAGUCAGCAUAGCCAAGAUAGACUGCACCCAGUCCUCAGUUAUUUGCAAGCAGUAUGGGAUUGAUGGAUACCCUACUCUUCUGUGGUUCAAAGAUGGAGAAAAGAUUGAACAGUACCAGGGUGCCCGCACACAUGAAGCACUGAAGCAGUAUGUUUCUGACAGGCUGCAGGAUGGGGCCAGGGAGCCACAUGUUGAACAAGAGGAGCCAGCACUGGAGCCGGGCCAAGCUGAGCAUUCUGUAGGGGCUGUGAAGGAUUUAACUGAUGAAACUUUCAAGUCUGCCAUUUCCUCAGGUCUUCAUUUUGUCAAGUUCUUCGCUCCUUGGUGCGGUCACUGCAAGCGUUUAGCCCCUACCUGGGAUGAUCUCGCCAAAGAUUUCCAGAGUCAUCCUGUUUCUAUAGACAGAGUUGAUUGCACACUUCAUAAGGCCACCUGUGAUGAUAACCAGGUCAGAGGUUAUCCUACACUCAAGCUCUUCCGAAAUGGUGAGUUUCUCAAAGACUACAGAGGGUCCAGGACUCUGGAAGAACUGCACGAGUUUGUCAAGAAAAAUUAUGAUGACAGCCACGAUGAGUUGUAA